AAUCCUAGAUCCCAACUUCCUUCGCUGGAGCUGAAUUUAGACAGCUCCUCAGGAUGUGAGCAAGGAGUGUGUGUAUACCACAGACGACAGCAGACGAUUGGAAACGCAACAUUGGCGAGUUUUCGAGCGGGGAAUACACUGACAAUCUGGGGGUUUAGCAACCAGGGGAGUCCACAAUGACUUGGGGAACGGAGCUUUGGGACCAGUUUGAAAACCUUGACAAGCAUACUCAAUGGGGGAUCGACUUCCUAGAGAGGUAUGCAAAGUUUGUCAAGGAAAGGCUGGAGAUUGAACAGACCUAUGCAAAACAGUUAAGGAACCUGGUUAAGAAGUACUGUCCCAAGCGCUCCAAAGAUGAUGAACCUAGGUUCUCGUCGUGCAUGUCCUUCUACUCCAUCCUGAAUGAGCUGAAUGACUACGCGGGGCAGAGGGAGGUAGUGGCCGAGGAGAUGGGACACAAUGUGUACGGAGAGCUGAUGAGGUAUUCACAGGACCUCAAGUCAGAGAGGAAACACCACCUUCAGGAGGGCAGGAAGGCCCAGCAGUAUCUGGACCAGUGUUGGAAACAUAUGGACAAUAGCAAGAAGAAGUUUGAGCGGGAGUGCAAGGAGGCAGAGAAAUCACAGAUGAGCUACGACAGGUUAGACAACGACAUCAACGCCACCAAGUCAGAGGUAGAAAAGGCAAAGUCCCAGUUGUACCUGCGCACACACUCGGCAGACGAGAGUAAGAACGAGUACGCCGCUCAGCUGCAGAACUUCAACGGGGAACAGUGGAAACAUUUCAAUGUGUCCAUUCCACAGAUAUUCAAGAACCUGCAGGACAUGGACGAGAGGCGGACAGUGAAGCUGGGAGAGACGUACCGGAGCUUUGCCGAAGUGGAGCGCAGAGUCGUCCCCAUCAUCUCCAAGUGUCUGGAGGGCAUGGUGACUGCUGCCAAGGCUGUGGACCAACGCAAGGACUCAGCGAUUGUAGUGGAGUCAUUUAAGUCAGGCUUUGAGCCUCCGGGGGACUUCCCAUUUGAGGACUACAGUCAGAACCUUUCCCGGACGGGCUCAGACAACACCAUCAGCACCCCCAAGAACGAGGGGGUGGUCAAGCCAGACCCCAAACACUCGAUUAGCAAGGUGGCCAAGAACAAACUGUGGCUCUUUGGGAAAAAGCCCAAGGCUCCGUCACUGGAGGACUUCAGCCAUCUGCCUCCCGAACAGAGACGCAAGAGGCUGCAGGCUCGGAUCGACGAGCUCAGCAAAGAACUACAGAAAGAGGUGGACCAAAGAGAUGCACUGAACAAGAUGAAGGAUGUGUAUGAGAAGAACCCUCAGAUGGGUGACCCACAGAGCCUCCAGCCCAAGAUCUCUGAGACCAUGUGCAACAUGGAGAAACUACGCUCCGAGAUCCACAAGAAUGAGAGCUGGCUGUCAGAGGUGGAGGGGAAGGUGAGCACCAGAGGAGAUCGAAGACCCAGUGCCGACGUCAACCAUCACACACCCCAUGGCAGAGAGAGCCCUGAGGGCAGUUACACAGAUGACCCCAGCCAGGAGCACCGCAGCCCCCCUCACCAGCCAGACCCCCGACAGGCCCACCAGCCAGACCCCCGACAGGCCCACCAGCCAGACGAGUUUGAUGAUGAAUUUGACAACGACGACCCCCUCCCAGUCCUUGGCCACUGCAAAGCGCUCUACUCCUUUGAUGGUCAGAAUGAGGGAACACUGUUGAUGAAGGAGGAUGACGUGCUGUACAUCAUCGAGGAGGACAAGGGCGACGGCUGGACGCGAGCCAGGAAGCAGAGCGGAGAGGAGGGCUAUGUGCCCACGUCCUACGUGGAGAUCGCCAUGGAGAAUAACAGCAAAGGUUCCUGAGUGGAGCAGUGUGGCGAGGUCUUUGGUGGAGGGUACAUGCUGUGUCUGGUGGAGCUAGUGGCAGACAGGGCUUGACUUGGGAGGGGAGGGGGUUGGCAGGUCACAUGUUUGCAUGCACACAUCCAUGGCCAUUAACAUCAUUCCAUAGCAGUGGAGAUUCCUGAGGUGGUAGCUAUGCCUCUAUAGGAGGGGAGUGUUCUUCUAAACUGUCUAUACACAACACAGAGUAACCAAUCCACUGCAGCAUACCAGCAAGAUCAGGGACCAAGGAGGAGGCUUAUAGUUAGCGACUCACAACAUCUUUUAUAAUGAGAGAUAAGCAAUGAAUACACUACUACUCCACUAUUACAUUCUCUUAAUGUUGUAUUUCUGCUCUUCAGGCAACAUCCAGCACUAACAGCCUGCCUUGUUGUUGCAUUGUUACAUUCUCAUUCCGUUGUUUGGGAAUGUCUGCCUGACUGUGCUACUCGCCUGCAGUCGCCUUACCUUAACGUGCUUCAGCAUGUCUGUAAUAUGAACUGUUAUUACGUCAUACAGGAAGGAAUGCAGCGUCUUGUAUGUAACUCUGUGGUUGCCCCCGCCGCCCGUUGGUUCACUUCUAAUCUUCCUGUCUGUCUCCUUCAUUCAUCCAUGAUUUUGGUUUCUUUUGUCUCUCCGUUUCUUUUCUUUCUGUGUUAAUCGAAACAUUCCCAUCAUGCUGUGUGUGUGUGUGUUGAGCGUCACCUCUGUCGUGCUCUUGUUCAGGAUCUCAUGUGGCACGGCCACUCAGAUCAGCGUAGGAGCAGUACUUCUUUAGAAACAGCAUGCCUGCCCUUACACUACCACUUCAUCCCCUCCUCCUCAACCCUGCAACAGCACCGCAGACCGGAGAAAGGCAGCAUGCCAGCAGAGGGCCUUCCUCCCUCACCAGCCAAUCAUCACACAGCAGCUCAGGCUAGGAAACCUGGAGGCUGAGCUGAGACAAAUGACAGGGCACCCACCCGCAAUUCAACAACAACACUCCAAAUCUCCUUGCAGUCUCUGCCUUAAUACUAACUCUGGGAGUGGGGAUGGACCUGCUGAUUGCUCUUCCAUCACUCUCUGCCGCACACAAGGGCUCCAAACGACAGUCUACGGUGGCUUGCUGUGGUGCUCCUCUGGGCCCCAUCCAGACUCCUGCCGCGUCUCUUCUCCUUGGUCUCACAGGAGCAUCCUGGGGCUUUGCUGCGUGCGGUCUCCACGUGAAAGAGUGUUGCAUUCCCAUACCGUUCCUGUUUCAAGCGCAUAUUGUAAUUGUGAAUGUGAUUAUACAUAUGUAUGCGUACUAAUGUGUGUAUGCAUAUACGUAGUUUGUUUUAUUACUAAAUUGUAUGUAUUAACAUCUCUUUUAUUUCAUGCUGAAUGUGUUUUUAUUGUGACUUUUUAUAGGGAUUUUAAUCAGAUGAAUGACUCACUUCUCAGAAUCGUGCCGUUAGCUCAAAGUAACCAUGCAUUGUUGUCAGAACAUCCUUCUGAAUAGGGACAUGGUCUUCACUGAUGCACUUUUGCCCUAUAGCAUUUGAAUCGAAUAUCAAUGAAUAAAUGAAUGAAUGAAAUGGACUCUGUAUGCUACCUUUUGUACAAAUGUAAGGUGACCACUGUUAUUAUAGGAGGUGUAGAGUUCAGAACUACCACAAAAUAAAGGCAUUUACUGUAGCUAGCCAUGUAAAUGCUUUUGAUACGAACCCUCUUGAAUUGAAUGAAUUUGAAAGUGAAUUGAAUUUGCAUAUGAGCAUAAUUGACACGGUGAGUGAUUGGACUUUAAUCAAAGAAGUUAAGUAGCUUUUAUGAGACCGACACAGCGUUUUACCCUUGGCAGGGUAUAAUAUUAGCUAUUAAAAACAACUUUUUCUGCGGUAAAUUUGAUGGUCCCACUUUGAAAUGCUCAUACGAGCAGUGCUUUAGUUCUUAAUCAAUACUUAAAGCUGUGAAAGGGACAUUGUUAUUAUAUCAUGAUAUGCUCAUCUUACUUGAACUGUACCUCUGAGCUUCCUAAAGAACCCCAUGUUCGUACUUCCAUUGGAUGUCUUGAUUAAGACCGAUCUGCUUCGUUGAUUAAUGUGCACUAACAAAGCUCAUGCAGAUCAAAUGGAACAGUGCAUGUUAUAUAAAUCCUGUGAUUUUUUUUAGUUUAUCAUGUCAAUUCCAUUGCCUGCAUGAAUGCUCUCAUUUGAAUCAUCACUCCUCUCUUGUUGAACUGGUUAAUAGGUGUGUUAUCAGAAAGUGGGGGUUGGAAUCCUCCCUUUCGUUUCAGUGAAAUUCCCUUGAGUGGCUUUCAGAGCAUGAAGGUGCUUGACUCAACAUUUCUGGAGCUUACAGCAAAUAUGUAUUGACCCUACAAUAUCAUCCAAUAUCAUCCAAUAUCUAGAACAUGGCAUUGUAGAUCUCUGAAUCAGGAGAAGCUGUCAUGGUGUAAGUAGUUGAUUUGAAUAUGAAGCACCUUAACCCAUUAAUUUCAGCAGUGUGUGUGUCUGGCUAUCCUUCAUUAGUAGGAUUUUGACACGCUUUUCGCUAAUGGCCUAAAACAGUGCGGACCGUAUUCUUGGCACCUUGGUGCAAGUGGCCUUCAGUGGUGACAAAGUAUGACGAUAGAUAAUGCUGUAGGUUUUUCACUAGCAGCCUUAGGCAAAAGUUAUGUGAUUUUCACUUUGGAUUAAAACUGUGAGCUAAAUGCUGUAAAUGCUGUAAUUCUGAUUAUUAUGCAAAAAAAACUCAACAAUAUGCUUUAAGAUAUCACGGCAAGGAGCAAAUUGUGUUAUCUACCAACCUAGCUGAGUUGGCAUGGUAGCAAAUUCAUUUAAUUUCAAAAAGUAGAUAUGAUAAUCUCACUGACUCUUAUUUUAACACAUUGUAAUAAUCAAUGGCAGUACUUCUAUUUCUUCAUGUUGUUGUGCACAUCUCUUUACUUUUUCAUGUUGUCAAGACACUUUGUGGGGGUAAAAAAAAAUCUGUUUUUUUCUCAUUGUUCUAAUAAAACAAACAUGAACAUACCAAAGAA